ACUCUUCCCGAGGCACCUGAACGCAACACUGUUCAGCGCCGAACCGCAGAUAGCUUGAUGCUAGCGCUCAGUUAUCGUUGGACACUAGCUGAAUCAAGAGAUUAAAGAAUGAAGACAGGCAUUACAAAUUGACAAUAGCUUCAAAACUACACGAGAAAACUUUUUAGGAUUUAUCUUUAAAGGAAGAGAAGCCAUGUUUCGCUGCAAGACUGCCUGGUUUUCGAGCAGUGUGCCGCAAGAUCGUCUUGACUUUUGGAUGGUGGAAGGUGGGACCAUCAUAGAAUGGAGGCAGGCAGACUACCUCUUCAGUGACGAUGCGACAUGUCCCGACACGCUGAGGAUAUUUGAGAACAACGAUUACAUAUCGAACAAGGUCACUGUUUUCCACAGCUUGUUCCUGUCCACCUGUGAAAAGCGGCAAAGUGUGAAAUCAGUGUGCAUCGGCCAUUAUGUGCUGUCUCCAGCUUCUGUGCAGGAUGAGGUGAGAGAAGUGGUUGGUAGGUUGAUUUGGGAACAUGAGGAUGAAGAAACCAUCGCGCAGGACGAACAAAAGUCUUUCUGCCUACCAGCUGUCCCUCACAGUGAGCAAGAUGCAAGAGAAAGCAUAUCUGAGGAAUCAGACAUAGACUCAUCAGAGGGCGAAGGUCACCUAUGUGACCAUUUAAGAAGCUCAGUUAGUUGUGAGGCCCCGGGUAAACUGUUUAACAUGCAGACAUACUGCUCUGUCCCUGCAGGGUACAUCAGCAUAGAGAACCUUCCGAAAUAUUCCGGUGAUCUGCAUGAUGUGCAUCCUGGGGUUUUCAGAUGUUCAAAGUGUAAAGCCUGCCUUUGUUUGGGGCAAAAGUAUGCCAAGACACAUUAAGAAAGGGGGAAAAAAUAAUAAUAAUUACAGAAACAAUGGCAGUCUCAUUUUGUAUUUCUGGUAUAUAAUAGCAUCUUUAAUUUGUCUGUGUUUAAUUUCAGUUUUUAACAUGAAGGCUGCCACAUAAUUUGUACCUCUGGUUUUUCAAUGAAAGAGUUGAUGCAGAUAUAUUUGUUUUUUCUGUAUUUGGAAUAAAAUAUGGAACAUUGUAGUGUUAUUGCACACCAACAUAUAUAUCCUGCAAGUAUUUGCUUAAUCCUAUUUAUGGUUUAUGUUUUUAUGUUUCCUUAAAAUGUUUAGCUGAAGCCCACAGAUUUAAUGUAAACUAUAACUUAAUGCUGAUACUAAAUACUGUAUUGUCAAACAUUGCAUGAAAAUGUUUGUAUUUGCACAAAGAGUAAAGGUGGAUGCUUUUUUUCUA